GUUGUAGUAUACAUUUUUUUUUUUUGAAUAUCAGAAACAAAGGAUGAAAUGUUGUUCUCUCAUCCAUGGGACGUUUGACAAAUGUAAUGAUGGUGAUGAUAUGAACAGCAAGAUAGAAAGAAGAGAGCAAGUUGUCAUCGAGCAAGCAUCAGUCCCAGGUUGAAUUAAUAUGAGACUAUGUUUAUUGCUCACGGUCCGUCAUUUGGUUUGGUUGCUGUUGCUGCUUAAGCUGUUGCUUCUUUUCCGCUGCUGCAAUGCGAUUGAUCUCCUCCUCCAGUUUAUCAAUCUUAAUCCAUCCCACAGCCCCAUCCUGAACUGGUUCAAGCAUGACCCAGCCACUCUCUUGGCCAGUCGUAUGCUCAAUGCAUGUCCAUGGGAAUACUUCAUCCAAUGACUCCUCGGUCCUUGUCAAAAGAUCCUUGCGUACCACACCUGGUGGCAACUUCUUCUUCUUUGUCAAAUUGCUGCUACUCAAAUUGCUAUUAGUGAUUCCCGCUCCGGACGCGGGGUGAUAAGACGUCGACACUCGAUUUGCCUUCUUUGCUACGACUGGUUUUGGUUUCGAUCCAAAUAAUCGGCUUUUCUUUUGUGACUUCGCAGCUGCUACCGCUGGAUUGGGUAAAAAGCCCUUGGGG